CAAUGGUCAACAAUUUGUGGAAUAAGUCAUCCAUUAAUAAUACCCCCCUAACUGUAUCAAACCCAUUUCAGCGAGAUUUCGAGAGAGAGAGAGACAGAGAGAGUCGUCUCUCUCCCUUGCAAGUCUAGUCGUCGCUGGGGCCUCUCCACACCCUCUCUCCCCCAUUUUUCUUCCACCUCCCCCACAAAACCUCUCUCUCUCUCUCCAUAUUAUUCCACUCUCCCCCUUCCUCCACUAAGCUGCUGCAUCCCCAGUUUUACACACACCAAAGUUAUUUCUCUCUACACCAAGAUUACGAUAUGCAGCUAUGGAAUGUUGGAAUCAACAAUCUAAGGCAUUAGAUUUUUGAAGUAAAGUUUUUUCGCUUAAUAAGGAUGGAACUGACUAGCAGAGCCCAUGUGGUUCGUAUUGGCAUCUUUACCUGGGGGUUUUUAAUUAUGAAUUUCAGCUAUGGUGCUCAGAGCGACAUUAACUGCUUAAGAUCUAUAAAAGACUCGCUGAAAGAUCCUUUGAACAGCUUGUACAAUUGGAAUUUCAACAAUAACACUAAUGGCUUUAUCUGUAAAUUUAAUGGGAUUGAGUGUUGGCAUGAAAAUGAUGAUAGUGUCUUGAAUAUAAAGCUUUCAGACAUGGGGCUUAAAGGUCAGUUUCCACGUGGUGUUGGUGAUUGUAAAGCUGUGACUGGAGUAGAUCUUUCAAGUAAUGGGCUCAAUGGAACUAUUCCAACAGAUAUCUCUAAACUCCUUCCAUAUGUCACAAAACUUGAUCUCUCUGCUAACAGUUUAUCCGGAACAAUCCCGGUAAACCUUGCAAAUUGUUCGUAUCUAAAUGUGCUUAAGCUAGACAAGAACCAGCUCUCAGGUCAGCUUCCUCUAGAACUCGGUCUGCUUGAUCGAAUUAACACAUUUAGUGUGACUAACAAUCACUUGAGUGGGCAAGUUCCACAGUUCAAGGCUGGUGUCGUCUCAGCUGAUAGCUAUUCAGGCAAUCCAGGGCUCUGUGGGAAGCCUUUGCCCGAUUGCAAAGGUUCUUCAAAGAAAAAUAAUUCUGCAGUCAUUGCUGCAGCAGCUGUUGGAGGAGUGAUUGUUGCAGCAUUACUGGUAGGCGUAAGUUUGUUAUUCUUUUGCCGUAGGGUGGUUAGAAAGAGGGAUGAUGACCCUGAUGGAAAUAAAUGGGCAAAGAGUCUCAAAGGUGCAAAAAAAAUCCAGCUUUCUAUGUUUGAGAAAUCUAUUUCAAAAAUGAGACUAAGUGAUCUCAUGAAGGCUACUAACAACUUCAACAAAGAUAAUAUAAUUAGUACUGGGAGAACAGGGACCGUAUACAAAGCAGUGCUUGAAGACGGCUCUUCACUUAUGGUGAAAAGGUUGCAGGAUACUCAGCAUUCAGAAAAGGAAUUUGAGUCGGAAAUGGCAACUUUAGGAAAGGUGAAACACCGUAAUUUGGUCCCUCUUUUAGGUUUUUGUGUGGCUAAGAAGGAAAGACUACUCAUUUAUAAGUACAUGCAAAAUGGCACUCUCCAUGAUAAGUUGCAUUUUGUUGGAGAUGGUGAAAAAAUUUUGGAGUGGCCUUUGAGGCUCAAAAUCGGUAUUCAGGCAGCCAAAGGUUUUGCCUGGCUACAUCAUAGUUGCAAUCCUCGCAUCAUACACCGCAACAUAAGUUCUAAAUGCAUCUUGCUAGAUGUUGAAUGCGAGCCCAAAAUUACUGAUUUUGGUCUUGCAAGGCUCAUGAAUCCAGUUGACACCCAUUUAAGUACUUUUGUGAAUGGUGAGUUCGGGGAUUUGGGUUAUGUUGCUCCCGAGUACGCACGAACUCUUGUGGCCACACCAAAAGGGGACGUUUACAGUUUUGGAGUAGUUCUUCUUGAGUUGGUCACCGGGGAGAGACCUACUCAUAUUGCUAAAGCCCCUGAAAGCUUUAAGGGAAGCUUAGCGGAAUGGAUUACAGAAUUAUCUAGAGACUCUAAGCUUCAAGAUGCCAUUGACAAACCAUUGCUUGGGAAAGGUUAUGAUAGUGAGCUUUUCCAGUUUCUCAAGGUUGCAUGUAAUUGUGUGAUUUCAGGUCCGAAAGAGAGGCCAAGUAUGUUUGAAGUGUACCAGCUUCUUAGAGCUAUUGGCGAAAGAUACAAUUUUACAUCAGAAGAUGAUAUUUUCCUGCUAUCAGAUUCAGGGGGUGAUGCUGCUUUUGAGGAACUUAUUGUUGCCCAAGAUACUAAAGAAAAACACUAAAAAAGAUGGAAAAUGGUCUAUUUCGCUGUGCUGGGGGAGCUGUCAGUUCCUUUCUCCAUUGCAUGCGUUUGGCUCCAUGUUUCUUUAUCUUCACUCGUAGCAAGAGUUUGCUUUCCUGUGUAUACGUCAUUGAUAUGGGAAUAUAUUUGAAUAAAAGAUGAUUUAUUUUCCAUUUA